UGAAAAUUCUUGCAAACAUUUCCCACCACUAAUUUCUUGCAACUCCAGACCUUUCUCUUCAUCGAUUUUCAGUUUAUACUUCAACAGCUUCAAAUCGAAAAUUCUCUAUAAGAAACCCAUCUUCUGCAAGUAAAGGUGAAAGCUUUGUGCUUUGAGAAAUGGCGACUGGAGCUGUGCCAGCUUCGUUUCCUGGUUUGAAGAGCAAGGAGCCAGGCUUAGGAUUUGCUAAAAGUAUGGAUUUUGUGAGACUUUGUGAUUUGAAAAGACCCAAGUCUGGUAAAACAAGGAUCUCUGUGAUUAGGAAUCAGAAUCCCAGUCAGGAUACUGCUCAGCUUCAAUCUGCAUCAGAAGGGAGCCCUUUGUUAGUUCCAAGGCAAAAGUACUGCGAAUCCAUAUACAAAACCGUCAGGAGAAAAACUAGGACGGUAAUGGUCGGGAACGUGGCUCUUGGUAGCCAGCAUCCAAUACGGAUUCAAACAAUGACUACGACAGAUACUAAGGAUGUUGCUGGGACAGUGGAAGAGAUAAUGAGAAUUGCGGACAAGGGUGCGGAUAUUGUCCGGAUAACUGUUCAAGGGAAGAAAGAGGCCGAUGCAUGUUUUGAAAUAAAGAACUCCCUGGUGCAGAAAAAUUAUAAUAUACCUCUGGUGGCAGAUAUCCAUUUUUCUCCUUCUGUUGCAUUAAGAGUUGCCGAGUGCUUUGAUAAAAUUCGAGUCAACCCUGGAAAUUUUGCUGAUAGAAGGGCUCAGUUUGAGCAACUAGAAUAUACGGAUGAGGAGUAUCAGAAAGAACUUGAGCAUAUUGAGGAGGUUUUUACUCCAUUGGUUGAAAAAUGUAAGAAGUAUGGAAGGGCGAUGCGUAUUGGAACCAACCAUGGGAGCCUGUCUGACCGUAUAAUGAGCUACUAUGGGGAUUCUCCUCGGGGAAUGGUUGAAUCUGCAUUCGAGUUUGCUAGGAUAUGUAGAAAGUUGGACUACCACAAUUUCGUCUUCUCAAUGAAAGCAAGUAAUCCAGUUGUCAUGGUCCAGGCAUACCGGCUGCUCGUCGCUGAAAUGUACGUUCAUGGCUGGGAUUAUCCACUACAUCUGGGAGUCACUGAAGCUGGAGAAGGUGAGGAUGGGAGGAUCAAAUCUGCGAUUGGGAUUGGGACCCUCCUGCAGGAUGGUUUAGGUGACACUAUCAGAGUUUCACUCACCGAGCCACCUGAGGAAGAGAUAGAUCCAUGCAGAAGGCUGGUUAACCUUGGUAUGAAAGCUGCCGAACUUCAGCAAGGGGUGGCACCAUUUGAGGAAAAGCUCAGACAUUACUUUGAUUUCCAGCGUCGAUCUGGUCAAUUGCCAACACAAAAGGAGGGUGAAGAUGUGGAUUAUAGAGGUGUCUUGCAUCGUGAUGGCUCGGUUCUUAUGUCUGUUACCUUGGAUCAGUUGAAGGCACCAGAACUCUUAUACAAGUCCCUUGCAGCAAAGCUGGUUGUUGGAAUGCCAUUUAAGGACUUGGCAACGGUGGACUCAAUCAUACUGAGAGAGCUUCCACCUGUAGAUGACAGUGAUGCGCGGCUGGCUCUUAAACGGUUGAUAGACAUAAGCAUGGGUGUCAUAACACCUUUAUCGGAGCAGCUAAUAAAGCCAUUGCCUAAUGCUAUUGCUCUGGUAAAUCUUAAGGAACUAUCGACUGGAGCUUACAAGCUUUUGCCAGAAGGUACGCGUCUGGCUGUAUCUGUACGCGGCGAUGAGCCCUACGAAGAGUUGGAAACCCUCAAAGACCAUGAGGCUACAAUGCUUCUUCACAAUGUACCCUACGGUGAAGAUAAGAUUGGCCGAGUGCAUGCAGCAAGGAGGUUAUUUGAGUAUCUAUCCGAGAAUAGUCUUGAUUUCCCUGUAAUCCACCAUAUCCAGUUUCCAAAUGGGACUCACAGGGAUGAUCUGGCCAUUAAUGCCGGUACCAAUGCUGGAGCCCUUCUGGUGGAUGGACUUGGAGAUGGUAUCUUGUUAGAAGCCCCAGACCAAGAUUUCAAUUUCCUCAGAAACACUUCUUUCAACUUACUACAGGGCUGCAGAAUGAGGAAUACGAAGACAGAGUAUGUCUCAUGCCCAUCUUGCGGCAGAACUUUGUUUGACCUUCAAGAAAUAAGUGCACAAAUACGAGAAAAGACGUCACACCUGCCUGGCGUUUCGAUUGCAAUUAUGGGUUGCAUCGUCAACGGUCCAGGAGAAAUGGCUGAUGCAGAUUUUGGAUACGUCGGUGGUGCUCCUGGAAAAAUUGACCUCUAUGUAGGCAAGACUGUUGUGAAACGCGGAAUUGCGAUGGAGCAUGCAACCGAAGCUCUGAUACAGCUAAUAAAAGAUCAUGGCCGAUGGAUAGACCCUCCUGCUGAAGAAUAAGCUUAGGAGUAGAAUAAUCCAAGGGGCUAAUCAUGUUCCCCUUCGUUGCAUACCAUACCACAUAUAGUAAAUUGCUGUCGUUUAAAUAUGUUAGCGUUAAGAUCAUUGCCUAGUUGCUGGCAGCAAUGUUUUAUAAAGCAUUUAAACGUUUAAAAAAUGUAGACGUUACUUCUU